AUGGAGAAAUUUCCAUUACUCACAAGCAUAACGGUGCUGAUACUGGCGAGCAUUGUUUUGUGGCCGGCACUGCCGUGUUUGUGCGAUUGUGAUGUAGAGCAAAGCCUAGCUCUGCCGGAUCUGCCAUUAGAGCAUUUGAAACGCUACAUCAACACAUUCGACAAAGUCAAACAACAGUAUCAGAACAAAACGGAACUGCUGCAGAAAAUCGUACAAAAAGACAAUAAAGGCUGUUGGGGCCAUGAACCGGACUGUGCCAAAGAGAAUCGUUUUCAGACACCCAUCUGCCCCGGCUCACAUACGGGAUGGAUGCGAAACAAGGAGGCCCAAGUGGAGACCUUUUACGAACAGGCAGAUUUCGGUUACAUAAAACAUCAAAUUAAAGAAAUGAAAUUAAUGUGUGAACCCAAACUCAUUACGGACUCCUCACUGGAAUGCACGGAAUAUAUGAGAUUUUGUCGUGGCCGUUAUCUUAUGUUAGAUUUCCGAGACUUGGCCAAACGUCCGGAACGUAUACGCUAUCACAUGGAUGUAUUAAAGCUAGGACAAAUUCAAGGCUAUUGUCAGUUGAAUGAAACACGUCUCAAAUCCCAGCUAGAUCAUAUGGGUGCCCUACAAUCAUGGUCACCGGAGCUGCGAAAUUUCAUUGAAUCCCAGCAACCAAUUAGCGAAGACAACGACCAAUGUGAUAUGUUCAUAAAUACGCCCACAUUUCUAAUGAAAAUCGAUGCCACCUACAAUAUGUAUCAUCAUUUUUGUGAUUUCUUUAAUUUAUACGCCACGUUAUUUGUUAAUCAAACACACAGUUCGGUGUUCGAUAGAAAUACCCAGGUGAUCGUUUGGGAAACCUAUCCGUAUGAUUCACCAUUUCGAGAUACGUUUAAAGCGUUUAGCAACAACCCGGUUUGGACAUUGGAACAGGUUAAGGGCAAAAGGAUUUGUUUUCGGAAUGUUGUAUUUCCCCUACUGCCGCGCAUGAUAUUUGGCUUAUACUAUAAUACACCAAUUAUCCAAGGUUGUGAAAAAAGUGGUUUAUUUAGAGCAUUUUCGGAAUUUAUCUUACAUCGUCUCAGAGUACCAUUUGUACCGCCAAAGAAUAACAAAAUACGUAUUACAUUUUUAUCCAGACGUACCAAAUAUAGGCGUGUAAAAAACGAAGAUGAACUAUUGGAGGAGAUAAGUAAAAAUGAUGAAUUUGUUGUUCGGAAAAUUUCAUAUGAAAGAGAACUAACCUUCCUCCAACAGCUGGAGGUAACACGCAACACCGACAUUCUUAUCGGUAUGCAUGGUGCCGGAUUGACACAUUUACUCUUUUUACCCGAAUGGGCGACACUAUUUGAGCUAUACAAUUGUGAAGAUCCAAAUUGUUAUAAAGAUUUGGCAAGACUGCGCGGUAUCAAAUAUAUAACAUGGGAAGAACGUGACUUGGUAUAUCCAGAAGAUGAAGGUCAUCAUCCGGAGGGUGGUGCUCAUGCUAAAUUUACCAAUUAUGCUUUUGAUCCAAAAGAAUUUGGACGUCUGGUGGAAAAGGCUGCCGAACAUGUACGAAAUCAUGAAGAUUUUCAAAAAUACAAUCAAGAAGAGGCUUUAAUAAAAGAUGAGCUGUAAAAUGUUACACUUAUAGAUA